AUGGCAUUUGAUAUGGAUGGUUCAAAAUAUAUUGGAUAUCAAGAUUUCGAAUGGGCAGUGAAACUAAAUCGUAUUAUCUUAGAAAUUAUUGGACUUUGGCCUAAAGCUGCACAAAAUUCUCGACAGAAGUUAAUUUGCAAUUUUCGGGUGCUCAUCGUUUUCCUAGCAGUAACGUGUGGCGUUUUGAUUCCUUCCGUGCAUUCAUUAAUAAGAAUUUAUGGAGAUAUCAUGCUCAUGACAGACAAUUUAUUAUUUACUUUGCCAGCUAUAAGCUGUUCGAUUAGAAUCGCGAUUUUUUGGUGGAAGAAGGAAGCUGUUAUACCAAUCAUAAAUAUGAUGGCAGAGGAUUGGAUAAAAUCGAAAAAUGCGCAGGACAAGAACAUUAUGAUUAAACAAGCGCAAACUGCACGUAUUAUUAUUACUUGUGCAUACUAUAUAAUGGGAAUAGCAUGCUUUUUUAUUAUUGUUCUCCCGGGAGUCUUUGGAAUAUCAAUGAGAAUGACACCGAAUAUUACUGACCCUGGCAGACCAAUGCCUAUACAAACGUAUUACAUUUAUGACAUAACUAAAAGACCCCAGUACGAACUAACGUUAAUUAGUCAAUCUAUUUACAUUCUUCUCUCCAUUAUGGCUUAUACUGGAAUCGACAAUUUUCUCGGACUAGUAAUUUUCCAUAUAUGCGGCCAAUUGGACAUUCUAAAAAAUCGUUUGAUACAUUUGGAUAAAUAUACCAAUUCUCGUGAUACGUUAAAAAAAUGCGUAACAAAACACAUUCGUUUACUUAGUGCUAUUAACAUUAUUGAAGAUACAUAUAACAUAACACUGCUAAUGUUAUUUGUAUAUUUUGCAAUACUCUUCGCUUUUUAUGGUUUCCGAAUAAUUAAUUUGUUUGAUGGAAAAAAUGAUUUAUCUGUUACUCAAUUGAUAUAUUUUAUAACCAACGUUUUCAAUAUAUUUAUGCAUAUGUGCUUGUAUUGUGCUUUAGGAGAAAUUUUGAUGGCUCGGUGUAGUGAAAUAUAUUAUGCAGCAUACUGUAACGAAUGGUAUUGUAUGGAUCCAAAAAUUACAAAGGACUUUUUGUUUCUAUUUCUAAGAGGUACUAAACCGGUUUAUCUUACUGCUGGAAAAGUGUUUCCUAUGACAAUGGCCACAUUUUGCAAUCUAAUAAAAACAUCAGCUGGUUAUAUAUCCGUGUUACAUACAACUAAAGGUUAUUAAAUAUAGAACAAAAUAUAUUUUAGA